CUCACACACACGUACACUUACAUGCACACCACCACGCGCUUCCUUUGUCAGGCUAGUUUGAUGACGUCGACGGCAGCUUCGACGACAAUCAUCCAAACCACAACAACAACAGCAGCAACAACUCUAGCGGAUUCAUCGGGCACAGCAGUAUCAGCAACAUUAGCAGUGGAAACGGGAAUGGGAACAUCAAUUGCAACAAUAACACAGCAGCAGCCGCAGGGACCAGCGCCACAUAGUAGCGACAACUGCAGCUCCAGCUCCACUAGCAGCAGCUCCAUUGCGGGAGCCGCCUCUGACCUCUCCACUGGGUACAUGGUGAAGCCGAGCAGCCAAGAGGGCCUCAAACUGACCAUCAAUAAAACGGGCAGCGGAAAGAGAGAGAGCAAGGGGGUACCAACCGGCUCCUCGUCGUCGUCGUCCUCGACUAGCAGCAAGAAGCAGCACACGGGAUUGAAGCCAGGCGUUAACAGCGGACCGGCUUCAAAGAAGGCGCUUUCAUCAGCUUCAGGCACAGGGUCAAGCAGUUCCAGCAAACACCUUUUCCAAAAGGCCAAUUCUUCCGGCAAUCUAAGUAGCAAACUAGGCGGCUCCUCCACUUCAGGCGGUGGCUUGCCGUUGACCAAGAGCAAUAGCACCAACUCCUUCCAGGAACAAAGUGUACCCAAGCGCCGACCCAGCAUGUGCAGCCCGGGUAACACUAGCGGAGGCGGAGUGCAGCGCAAAUCAUCGCUAACGGCAUCUGGAUCGGCGUCGGGCUCUGGCUCAGGACCAGGAUUGGGGGCAGGAAGAAUGUCACCAGCAGCGUUGACCGGGUCGAUGUCACAGCCGCCACCGCGCUUCGAUCACCACACGGACAUGAUGACCAUUCUACAAUACGCUUCGCCCACUAUGGCAGCCAGUAUGGAGGGCUUUAUCAAGAGACUGCAUAACAGGUUUCAGAUACCUAAAUUGUCUCAGCGACCAAGUGGAAACAGCGUCGCAACUGGACACACUGCAGAGCAGGCGUCAACAACAGCAGCAUCCUCCUCCUCAGUCGCAUCCACGUCCUCCUCGCAGGAGCAGCAGCAGCUUAACGCAGACUUGAGUGUUCUGGCAUCCAGCCUAACAGCUACGCCCAGUAGCAGCAGUGGAGCGCAGAAGCCAUCGACAGCUCCUUCCCCUGCUACAAGCGAUAUGCUACUCAACUUGAGCAGCAGUGGGACAGUUGGUGAUGGCAUCGACGAGGAGCUGCUCGCCAGCCUGGCAGGCGAAUGACAUCUUGAGCUGCAUCUGCAACUCGCUGCAAUCUCAACUUAGUUCAAUUAAUGUGUUAAAGGCCUUUGGCUGGACUCUGACUGUGAGCUGUUCUUUCUUUUUAACUUGUCAAAUAGGAUAAGAAAAAUAUAUUAACAAUAA